AUGUUUCUUUUCAAUAAUGUCGCUAUGAACACUUUUCACAGGAGAAGAUAUUUCCAAUUGUCUUUCCUUAUUGUUAGCUUUUAUUUACCUUUAACAAAUGGUAUUAAAACAUUAAAAACAUCCAUGGUUGUGACAGGAUUGAAAUGUUACUGUAACAGUGACAGUCCAAGCUGCCCAAACUCCACCUGUGAGACAGAUGGCUUCUGUAUGGCAUCUACCAGCAUUGAGAAUGGUGAACACAAGCGCACCUACCAAGUGGUGGCCUUAAGCUGUUUGCAAAGCAAUGCAUUCCCACCAGAGAAUCCAAUCAAAUGCAAAAACCCGAGAACCUUUUGCUGUAAAAAUGAUUUCUGCAACUCUGAUGAGGUUUACCAAGAGAGAUUAACAAAAGUGCUCAAUGCCUCAAGCUCAGCCUCUGAGGCGAGUUCUAUGACGACGGCAUGGCAAGUGGUGUUGUGGAUCAUGGUGCUGGUGGUGCUGGGAGUGUGUGGAGCUAUCAGUCUAUGGUGGGCGAAGCGCGCUCCUAAGACCAUCAAGAGAGAGAACCGCUCACUCUUCGCGCCCGACGACUCUUUCUGCGACACACGCCAUCCGAUGAUGACUGCCACCAUCAGGGACAUGAUAGAACUUACCACCUCUGGUUCCGGUUCAGGGUUACCACUGCUCGUUCAACGGUCCAUAGCUCGUCAGAUCCAGCUAGUUGACAUAAUUGGUAAGGGUCGUUUUGGGGAAGUGUGGCGGGGUAGAUGGAGGGGCGAGAAUGUCGCCGUGAAGAUAUUCUCAUCCCGUGAAGAGUGUUCCUGGUUCAGGGAGGCGGAGAUCUAUCAGACCGUGAUGCUGCGACACGAGAAUAUACUAGGGUUCAUCGCAGCUGAUAAUAAGGACAACGGCACCUGGACUCAACUAUGGCUGAUAACAGAUUAUCAUGAGAACGGGUCCUUGUUCGACUUCCUAAGUGUUCGAACCAUCGAUGCAGCAACGCUUGUUAAAAUGGCUCUAUCCAUCGCUACCGGAUUGGCCCAUCUCCACAUGGACAUUGUUGGCACUAAAGGCAAGCCAGCUAUAGCCCACCGUGACCUAAAGUCCAAGAACAUUCUGGUGAAGGCUAACUUGAGCUGCGUUAUCGGAGACUUGGGGUUAGCUGUUAGGCACAACGUCGCUGGUGAUUCUGUGGAUGUCCCAUCAACUAACCGAGUGGGAACAAAGAGAUAUAUGGCGCCAGAGGUGUUGGAUGAGAGUAUGGACGGCCGUCAGUUCGAUCCGUACAAGCGUUCGGACGUGUACUCCCUGGGAUUAGUAUUGUGGGAGAUGGCGCGGCGUUGUGGUGCGCUACCAGAUGAGUACCAACCUCCAUACUACGACCUGGUGCCACCGGAUCCAGCCCUCGAAGAUAUGAGGAGGGUCGUGUGUAUCGAGAAGAGGCGACCGGUGCUACCUAACAGGUGGCAUUCUGAUCCAGUUUUGUCCGCGAUAUCGAAGGUGAUGAAGGAAUGCUGGUACCAGAACCCCGCGGCCAGACUGACAGCUCUUCGUAUCAAGAAGACCCUCGCAAACAUCGCCACUACCGACCACAUGAAACUUUAA